GCAUGAACCACAGCACUUCAACUUGGACCCUGAGCCGCCCUGGCUUCAGGGACUUCAACAGGAGCUCCAGACGAUUGUCCGGACGCAGAAGCAGAUGGCCUCGCAGAUGCAGGACUCAGGACGGGAAGUGGGAAAGAUUCAGGAGAGCAUUCGGCAUUUGCAUCUUGGUCAAGAUAAUUUGGCAAAGCGGGCUGAUGAGCAAGAAGCUGCACUGGCACAGAUGCGAAAGGAGUUUAGAGAGCUUGAGAAGGAAGUCCAGGAUCUUCGCAGUGCCCCUCCCACGCGACCUGUUAGUCCGGUGUCCACUCCCCGGGGGGGUCAGGGCUAUGCCAGGGCUAACAGCCCAAGGUUUGAUGCGGCAGGCCAACGCGAGGUGGAUGAGCUUCAGCUAGUUGCGGGAGGGUGGAUCGAAGCCAAGAGAGAACAUGUUGAAGCAGACGUUCAAGCUAUGUUCGAUCAGCUUCAGGCACGCCCGCUUUUGAAGGCUGUGUACGUUCCGUAUGUGAGGAGCAGCUUUUGCCGUAUUGAACUGGUCUACACAGAUGACAACAUUUGGGCUCGGCGCAAAGUUCAGAGUACGGUCCUUCAGCACUUGAAAGGGUUGUCCUUUAGGUCGUCUGUUGCGGGGCAAGAAAGUGCUCGCUUCUGGUUCUCUCGAAAUCGAACACAGCAAGACCGCGCCAAGAUACGAGCCAUCUUGCAGACCCAAUCCCUCUGUCAUAAAUACCUUGACGAAUCUUUGGUCGAAAAAGAUUGGCGAGGGAAGGUCUGGGCUUGUGGGACCCAGGUGCUCUUUCACGUUGAGAGGGAUGCGCGCCCCUCCCAGACCCUCAUGCUCAUCGACUCUCGUGGAAAUGAGACAGGAUGGUUUUUGAACGUGGAGCAACUUGUUGCACGUCUCGGGGCCACUCAGGAUGCCAUCUUGGCAGUUUUUGAUGCCAAGCCGGAGUAG